CAAACGAAAAAAAAUUAAAGAAAAGCGAAGCACAAGAUAGCCAUGGCUCCCCACAUUUUCCUCAUCUCUUUCCUAGUGAUCCUAGCAACCAUUCAAGGCAUCUAUGCGGUUCACUACACUGUCACAAAUACUGCCAUAAACAAUCCUGGCGGGCCUCGCUUCGAUAAGAAUAUUGGUUCUGCGUACAGUAGGCAAAAGUUGGUUUCUGCUACAAAUUUCAUAUUGAGAGUCUUCCAGCAAACCAAUGCAGUUGCAGACAGAAAGAACGUGCAAAAAGUGAGCUUGUUUAUCGACGACAUGGGUGGAAUCGCAUAUGCUAGCAACAAUGAGAUCCACGUUAGUGCGAGAUACAUCAACAACUUUUCGGGCAAUGUGAAAAAUGAAAUCACCGGAGUGCUUUACCACGAAAUGACUCAUAUAUGGCAAUGGAAUGGUAAGGGGCAGGCUCCAGGAGGAUUGAUUGAAGGAAUUGCUGAUUUUGUGAGGUUGAAGGCAGGGUACGUGCCAAGCCACUGGGUGCAGCCUGGACAAGGUGAUAGAUGGGACCAAGGCUACGAUGUUACGGCUAGGUUUUUGGACUAUUGUAACGAUCUUAGAAAUGGGUUUGUCGCUGACUUGAAUAAGAAAAUGAGGACUGGAUAUAGUGCUAAUUAUUUCACCAAUCUGCUCGGCAAGUCUGUUGAUAUGCUCUGGAGUGACUACAAAGCCAAGUAUAGAAAUUAAAAUAAGGCGAUGUUUCAACAUCAGCUUCUUAACAUGAAUAAAACGUUGUGUACUGCCUCAUGAUCAACAUAUAUAGUGUGAUAUAAGAUAAAUAAAAGUGUUUUAGGAGCUUAUUGUUUAA